CCAAACAACCAAUUAUGUUAAUCUCCUACCUCUACAAUCAAAACAAUGUCGAUGUCCAAAAAUUUUGUUAAGAAAAGAAGCUUUGGAGGGAAGAUAGAAUGAAAAGCGAAAGAGGCAAAAUAAAAUAUCAAACGAACAGAAGGAGCGAUUUUAGCGAUGAAAAUGGAGAGGAAAAGAGAGUGUACGAUCGAAGUCCAAGUGGAAGAAGACGAGGACUUCCUAUCCCAGGUGGCGGCUAUUGAGGCUAACGCGCUCUCUAUCUCCUCCACCAAGCGCCGAAAGAUCGACCCCGAGGAAGCCUACACCGCCGCUCUGAGAGGCAACGUUGCGCUAGACAAUUCUCGACGCGGCGUCAAGGUCGCACCUGCAAGAAACGACGGCGUUUACUCUUCUUCUUCGUGCUUCAAAUGCGGGAAAUCUGGCCACUGGGCACGCGAUUGCGAUGCUAUAGGAGUAGGAGUAGGAGUAGAAGGAGGGCAUAAUGGUAAUUUCGGGAGCCACCCGUCGAUGCCUGAGAAGAAAUGCCCCUGCGGAAGGGGACCUUGUCUGGUUCUCACUGCAAAUACUCAAAAGAAUCCGGGCAGAAAGUUUUACAAAUGCCCUCUCAGACAGGAAAAUGGGGGCUGUGGUUUCUUUGAGUGGUGUGACAAUACUUCUGGAACCAAUAGCAUGGUUGGUGGGAAAGAAAAUUGCGGGUCUAAUUCUUCGUUUCCCGAUCUUCCUUGUCCCUGUGGCGCUGGUUCUUGCCUGAUUCUAAUAGCAAAAACUGGGAAAAAUAUCGGCCAGCAAUUCUAUCGCUGUCCUGCAAAUCAGGGAAGCACUUGUGGUUUCUUUAGGUGGUGCAAUGAGCAUAACGUAGCCGCUGAUCAUGCAGUCAGUGCCUUCAAGGUUUUUAAUGACAUGAAUGGCACAAGCAGCGAUAGCUAUGGAGUAAGAACUAGAUCUUGCUUUAAAUGUGGCAAGGAAGGGCAUUGGGCAAAAGAUUGCUCGACCCCAUCAUCAAAUUCUCCUGCUCAAUUGGGGGGAGAUUCUGCUUCAUCAGGCACUUGUUACAAAUGUGGUAAGCCUGGGCACUGGGGGAGGGAUUGCCCCACUCCAUCCUUAAAUUCUCCUGCUCAGUUGGGGGGAGAUUCUGCUUCAUCAGGCACUUGUUACAAAUGUGGUAAGCCUGGGCACUGGGCAAGGGAUUGCUCUUCCACUCAAUAUGUGAAUAAUCGACUGAAGCACUAGAUUGGUUUCUACAUUUUGUCGCACUUGUAUAUUGGAAAUUUGCAAGACUAGUCAACGUAACUUUCUGUGCAACCUAUGUUUUUGAGUAUGAUAUAUGACUGGAAUUUGUGAUUCCUUUUAUAUGAGUAUGAAUGUGAUACAUGAGCUUUAGCUGUUUGAA